AUGGCAAAAACCAAAGGAGGAACUGGCUCCGGAAGCACCCAACCCCGGAAGAAGAAAAGCACCAAACCCCCACCUCCAAAGCGGACCACGAGGCGAACCGCUUCGGAGGAAACCUCCACCAAGGUCACUGAAGACCCUCUACUGACUAUUCAGCCCGAGGACAGAGGGCGUGCCGAAGUCCUUCAACAAGAGGAACGGGAAGUAGCAAGAACAGCCGCCGAGUCAAAACAACCGGAAGAAGGGGAGCCCGAGCUCACCCUUCCUGUGAAGAAAUCAAAGAAGGCCCAGGCGGGCAAAGCAACUCCGGCGCGAUCCAUUGUCGCACCAUCACCUGUUCAAGCCCAACCUCAAUCGCAAAUUCCUGAAACCUCCAUGCAGGAUGGGAGAACAGCUUCCGAGGAUACGGAAGAAGAAGAAGUUCAAGAGAAGGCGGAGGAGGAGAAGGGGGAAGAAGAGAAGGUGGACGAGGAGGAGGCUGAUGAAGGAGAGGAAGUUGAGGCCGUUCAAGAGAAGGAGGUAGAGGUCCCGACACCACAGAACAAGAGACCCGGAGUGAAAAGGAAGCUUGAUGUUGCAAAGCCCCCACUGCCAGUUAAGGCCAGACUAGCACCGGCAGGCAGUAAGACCAGAACCAAAGGCGAACAGAGUAAGAAACAAAGGAAGCCCACUACAGCCGAAAAGGGAAAGGCCAAGGAGAUGGAAGAGCCGAUGGAGGUAGACCCAGAAAGAACCGAGAUGGUGGAAAGCUCCAACUCAGAGGAUGUGGUUGCCCCUGCUAAGCCGGUGACGAGCACAAUCACUUCAAAACCCAAGGGUGUCAAGCGCAAGGGGGUGGUGCGACCCAGCACUAUGGAGACGGUCAUACCGAGGGACAGUCAGAGGUAUGCUGUUUUGCAGAACCGGGAAAUAACCCCUUGGUAUUUUCUGGUUACUGAAGUGUUGGAUGAUUUCGGGAUAAAAGAACGUGUGGAGGGAUAUUUUAAGAACAUUGGUUGGGGGAAGAUUCUGAAAUGGAACGUAUUGGCAUUCAAGGAGUUCAUGAGCACGGUGGAGUUCAAACCAAAGGGAAAUUACUCGAAUGAAACACCAGGUACCCUGCGUUUCCAAUUGCGGGGGAAGAUGUUCCCACUUUCCAUCAAUGACUUGAACAUCCACCUGGAGUGA